AAAACACAACUUUCAGGAAAUCAUUAUUUUUACGCAAUAAGAUUGGGUUUUUGAUAUAUUAAUAAUGAAAACGUUAUUUUAUGAAGUGCAUAAAAAAUGAUGUAGGAUCAUUGAUCAUAGUGGCAUAUGGUUGGCAGAAAUUUUAUCACUAUUUCUGGGAUUCAGCCAAAGAAACUCAGCUUAUUCAGCAGUCAGAAUUAGACUGUUUUGUGAACAGAACUUUCUUUGUGUUUUUCUGUCAGUUUCAAUUUGAAAACUACGACCAACUUUAGUUUUUGUAUACUGUCACAGAAAGAUGCAGGGAGAGUUAAAACCAUUGGAACAAGUGCAUCUGACAUCUCAUCGUUUAAUUUGUUACAUGUGUAAAAAGAAAAUGAAGAUUAAACGCAGUAGAUCUUUGUCUCCUAAAGCUUCAAGCAGUGAGGAGGACAUGAAGCGCAUGAAAUCUAGAGAAAGUGAAAAAGAGAACGAUAUAAUAUAUCCAAAUAUAUUAGAAUUCUCAGAUGAUGUCCUGCUGAAUAUAUUUAAAUACUUGAAUCCUACAGAUCUUAUGGCAAUAAGUUUAUCUUGUCAAAGAUUAACCCAAGUAGCACAAGAUAAAACUUUAUGGAGAAGAGUAGACUUUCGAGAUAGACCUAUACUAUUAACCGAAUUAAAGGAGUACAUCAAAUUCUUUCAUCCAAUGACAACAAGUCUUGCUAUACGUGGUGACUUGUAUUGUGAAAAUGAUAUAGACCUUAGUCCUUUCUUUUUCUACUCGAUUAAGACUAAAUGCACUCAACUUAAAGAACUAAUCAUUGAGGAAUACUGCAUUAAUGGAGAUAAGAUUCAAAUAACAGAUUUUCCACAAACAAUUGAGAAACUCUCGCUAGAAGGUUGCAAAAUGGGAUAUUUACGAAGUAAUAAGUCAUACUUUUUUAAAAUGAACUUUCACAUGCCUAAUCUAACAUGUUUAAUAUUAAGUAAUUGUCAAUGGUUCACUCCACAUUCGUUGUUGGUCAUUAGUAAAAUGCCCAAACUGAAAGAAUUAAGGUUGAACUCGUGUCAUCGGUUAGGUGAAUGCGUCGCCUAUACUAGCUUAGCUACACGAUUCGGAUUCAAAACAUUAGAAAUUCUUGAUUUGCGAGAUACUGCGCUCGGUGAUAGUGAAGUUGGAUGUUUUAGCAGUACUAGGACAUUAACGCAUCUUUAUUUGGAAUGUCCUUCUAAUUUACGAAAUACUGACUCGGCUGAUCCGGAGCCACGACCUUUACAAAGAGAAGCUUUUAAUCAACCUCCUGUAUAUGAAGAUGGGCAUCUUGCGCAAUUUUUGGUUGAAAACGGAUUUCCUUGGGAAAAUUAUAUGUUCGGACGUUGUUUGAUAACGGACAGAGCAAUAUGUGCUCUCGGGAGUGACACAUGCGAUCGUAGAAUAAUCAAUAACUCGGCAGAAGGAGUGAUAGUUGUGGAAGAUGAUAAGCGAAUAUUUAAUAAUCCACACUUGAAAACAUUGGUUGUUAGAAAUUAUCCGCAUGUUACAAACUCGAGUUUGGUACAUUUGGCUUUAAACGCGUCGAGUCUCGAACAUCUGGACGUAAGUGGUACGUCCGUUACAAAACAAGGUGUCGAUACUUUCAAGUCACAAAGGCCGAACGUUAAGAUAGUUACUUCUUUCGACGAGACAUAGUUGUGGAAGAGUAGAUCGAAUUUUCGGUAACUUUGGAAUAUGCAUGUGUUUAAUAUGUGGUUUGAGACUUCGUGCAACAGCAUUUGAAGAAAUACAGAACCGUUCCGAAUACUUUUACAGUUUAAAAAAUCUAUUUUCCGCAAUAAAGGAAAUACCGUAAGAAUUAGAAAUAAACAAGUUUUUUACUUUCAUUAAACUAUAAAUAUAAACUAUUGUGCGGAACAUAAAAUAGUAUAUAUUUGAAGUUUAUAGCUUAAUUUUAGACUUUACCUCCGUGUGUGUUCAGCAUAUUUAUUAGUAUGUGUUGCGGUUCCACUACAAUAUUGUAUAUAAAUUUUCCGUUGCGUAUUGUCUGCUAAUAUUAAAUCGGAUAGACUAUUUUGUGCUGAUGAUAAUGAAAUUUCCUUAUCGAACUAAGGCGCCAGUAUAUAUGAAUUACUUUAAGUACAUUAUUCGAAGGGGGAUGAGAAACUAUCAGAACAAGAGCAAAAUGUAGGAUGUAUUAAUCGAUUUUGUUUAAUCGAAUCAUUUCGCGUAACACAUCACGAAUUUAUAUUAUGACAAUUGGUUUAACGUUUUCUACAUUAUUUAUUUAAAUGAAUUAUAUAAAUCAAUACAUAAAAGAAUGCUCUAUCAAAUAGUUCUGUCAUGUACGUAUGUACGAACUGCUUAAAAAUAUUUACGAUAACGUAAAAAUUUGUACAUCGAUAAUUAUUUGACAAAGAUAUUUCCUGAUUUUACUUUCUAUCAAGAAAUCAUAAAUAUCCGUACAAUAUAUGGACAGAUGUUAUGAUUUUUAUAUCAUAGAAGAUCAUUCCAUUUGUUUUUCAUAUUGUUAACAAUAUAUCGACGCAAGUAAUAAAAUAUCUAUUUCAUCACAUUUACGAAAUUCUGUUUUUAUUACGAGAACAUAUAAUAUGUAAAGUUUAAAUACUCGUUUGAAUGUAAUAUAUACACUUAUAGAUAUACGUAUGUAAUGAAGUAAAAGCACAGGCGUUUAUAUGUUCAAUUGUCAUUAAAAAAGUAUAAUUUCUAUAUGUAUUCAAUAUAAAUUAUGUUCUGCAUGGAUAAUUUAAAGUAAAAAUGAUAGCAGUGUCAAGAUAUUUAUGCCAGAUACGAGACGAUAUUGUAUAUAAAUGUGUGAAAAGAG